AUGUUAGACCCAACCGUCACCAUUUCCACUCCAAUUCGUAUCCAGUCGAUACUCUCCUCCCCCGAUCGGUUAGGCGCCGAUGAGAAUUCGAAUAUAGGACAGUAUCAAGCUGUUCCGCAGAGACAGUUUGACGAAGCGGUCCCUUCCGCGGAUACUACCCUUACGCACCAAACCCCGCCAGUGCCGCCCAGUCAACAGCUUUCUAAUAUCGACACAUCACGGAUAAAGGCUCUUGGAAACGUCGCCGCUCGGGGGCUGGGGGAUGACGAGGCUAAGGCAAUGGUAGCAGGCAGCAUUGAGGGGAAGAAACCCCCAAAGAUGCGCCCCCCAAUGCGAUCUAGUAUUGCCUGCACACGUUGCCGGAAGAGUAAAAUAAAAUGUGAGAAUACUGGCGGUACAACUCCUUGUGAUGGCUGCAUCAAGACGGGAAAACAGUGCCUCUUCAAAUUGCCCGAACCUGCACCUCCAAAGAGAACCGAGCCACCUACGCUUGCCAGGCAGGAACGAGAUGGAGGAUCUGAUAGGAAGAAGCUCAAAAAGAUAGAAGAGAUAUCGAAAGGCGACAACCAGAAAGCAAGUAUUUACGCCGAGGAGGUACUUUCAGCACCUUUCUUAACUGAAGACCUGUGGGAGCAAGUGUUAGAUCUCUACAAGUUACAUUUUGCCCCGGAACUUCCCUUUUUACACUUACCCACAAUGAAGGAGAAACUGGGGCGCAAGUUCAAAAGUCAACAGUCGGAUAGUAACCCGGAUCCCAAUUUCAACUUAGUGCUACUAGGCGUCCUUACUCUCACCGCACGCUUCCACCCAGACCUCGUUAAAUAUCUCGCCCAUAUUUGCAGUAACCAACCUGGCAACGCUAGGACUAGACCAGUUCAGAUGCCGCUUGAUCCCGCUACAGCGUCUGAAUAUUAUGCCGACGUUCUCACCAUGGCUCUGGGUCCGAUACGAACGGCGAUGAAAACUGCCUCCGUUGAGAGGGUGGCAGCCUUGCUCAUGUUGGGGUUAUACGACUGGAGUCAAACUCUGCCUAGGACGGGAGGGCUAGGCGCUUGGAUGUACGUUGGUCUUGCCAUCAGGAUGGCACAGUAUUUGGGGCUUGGGUUUAGUGACACUCCUGACUCACCUGACGACCUGUCUAAAUCUUUGUCUCAGAAAGCGUUAGAGAAAGAAGUUAGGAGGCGGACCAUGUUCAGCUGCUUUAUUCUAGAUCGCAUGCUCUCUUGCGGUAAGGAGCGAGUGUCUAUCAUACAAUCAGAGGAUAUAAAAAUCCAACUUCCAUGCUCCGAAGAUAAGUUUGAUUUGGCGAUGGAAGCUCGCACAGGCUUCCUCAAGGAUAGAGGGCGGCAUGGCAUGGAUGAUAGUGUACUCGCUCGGUUUAUUCAGUUGGUGGAUAUAUGGGGAGAGAUUUCGAAGUUUAGUUCAUCAGGUGGACGCCUCAACGAGAAGGAAAAGGAUCAUCCACCAUGGACUCAGGGGAGCGCUUUUUAUCAGCUUUCCGAGAAGCUUGCAGACUUCGAUGCGGAACUUCCUGACACUUUUACGUUUUCACGGUCUAACUACUUCAAGCAUGAAAAUCACCAGGCUUCCAGUGUGUAUGUGCUGUUGCAUAUGCUUAGGUGUGUCUGCUUAAUCAUGCUGCACCGAGAAUAUAUACCCUUCGUACCUGUUCGGUGCACAGAGCCAGAAGGACCUCUUGAUAAUCCCAUAUUUCAGGAGGAAAAAUUCGGCCCACCCCCUAAAGACUUUUGGAUAUCUAGUGCGGAACAGGUGUUUAAGGCGUCCCGUGGAAUUAUUGAUUUAAUUGAGAUAUGCCAAAGGAAGGGCAAGUUGCCCCAAUCAACCAUCGUCCUCUUCGCGAUCUGGACCGCCUCUUUUGUAGGGUUGUAUGCCGAACAUUUCCCUCAAAUGGACACCGAAAAACACAUGUUGAAAUAUGAUUUUGAAAAUACACGACAAUCCGAAUCCGAAUCCGAAUCCGAAAUGUCUAUGUGGCUUAAGAUGGCAUCUGCAUAUGUGUCGAUUCUGCGGCAGAUGGACGAGUAUUUCGAGAAAAUCAAGCGGGAUUACUAUAAUUUUGCGACAAAGAAUCAUGGAAAUAAGGAGAGAUCCUCCCGGGUUCGCGAAGGUGGCACUGGCGGAGCGCUUGAAGAAUAUAAGCCUAUGACUGGGAAGCUGAAAGACUUUGGGACUCUCCAAAUACAGAAUGAGCAUAUUGAGAGUCCACAUCGAACAUCGCCCGGUCCCAUGCCAUCACGAGGGAUAGAAGCUCCAGAUAUGUCGACCAAGAGCAAAACACAAAAACCAGUUCCACCUGGAUCUUUUACGGCAAUCAAUCAUAUUCCAGUGGUGUCGGCGUCAGAUGUUGGACGUACAUUCACCAACGAAGCAGGUUAUCCAACACCUCACCCUGAGGUGUACGCCGAGGCUUGGCGAUGCCCGCCUCAACAGCAGCAGCAGCAGCAACAGCAGCAACAACAACAGCAUCCGCCGCCCCAGGCCUAUCCUACGUCGGAAGAACUGUUGGAUACCACGGCCCUCGCCACUGAAGCCCAUGAUCGACUUUUCUGGGACAAUUUCAAGAAGGAAGAACCGCGCCGUAUCAGCACGAUAGGAGAUCUUGGUUACUUCUCAAGCGGGGACUCCCAACUCCCCAUGACCGACAUGCCCUUCGGAGAUUCGGAUUUAAUCCACGGCCUGCCAGAUUCGUCUUACCAAUACCUACAGCAGAUCGCGGAGUUCUAA